GUCAAAAAAUUCAACACACCAGCAGUGUGAGGAGACCUGAAAGUGGCACAUGGCAUGGCACAGUGUGGCGAUGGAGACAGCAGCAAUGGGAGGCCGUACAGGGACCCAUGAGACACUCUGGACCUGGCAGCAGCAUGAGGAGGCGGUACGGGGGCCCAUGGCAGAUUACGGGCCUGGCAGCAGCAAUGGGAGGCCCGUAAUCUGCCAGCACCCUAUGACAAAAUGGAACCCACCAGCAGUGUGAGGAGACCUGAAAGUGGCACAUGGCAGAGUGUGGCGAUGGAGACAGCAGCAAUGGGAGGCCGUACAGGGACCCAUGAGACACUCUGGACCUGGCAGCAGCAUGA